CUUUCCUGUAGUAUCCAGUGAUAUAGCCCUGCAUUGAAGAGCCUCUUUUGUGAUAUCCCUAAACAUGUUGAGCCUCAAACAUUUACUACUCUGCUGCAGUAUCUUCUGCUGUAUUAAUGGACAAAUAGCCAAUCCUUACAGAAUAGAAGUGAUCAAUGUUACAAUGAGAUCAGGAAACAAGGCAAAUGUUGCACUAAAAAUCAUAAAUACUAAUCCCUCGUUUCAGUCAGAGCCUAUCUGGUUAAGACUAACAAUCUCUAAUCAAACAUUCAGCGAGGACUUUCUCAAUGUCACAACACUUGGCACAUCGAUAACAUCUUUUACUAAAGUCAUAACCAAUCUGGAACAAGAUCAACAAUACACUGUCACACUCUCUGCCAUUCAAAGAGACUCCGGCAGACCAUUGGAACCAAGAAGAAUUACUAAUACAUUCAUGACAACUAAUCUUCAGUCAAUCAGUAUAAAUGAUAAUCCUCAAAACUGUCAAAUGACCAUAUCCUGUCACUUUGCACUGAGUUCUAGCGCUACUGUUUGCAAUGUUAAUAUUGAAAAUAUGGCCAGUAACACGAGUGACAUUGAAGGAUUUCUUAUAUCAAGAGACGGGGAGGAAGAACAAAUAGCAAGUAGAGUCCUCUCUGGAAUGGAGUAUUUCUCACUGGCAAGAGAUGAACUGUAUGAAGCUGAAGGAUACGGAAUGAGGAAUGAAGUGAGAUUGGAUAGUUUGGAGACAAGUACAGAGUUUGAGCUAACUGGAAACAUAGUAAUGGAUAGAUGUAGAGAUGAUGGUACACCAUCUGAUGAAGAUAACCUCUUUCUUAAAGUUGGAGUACCAAUCAUUGUCAUUGUUAUAGUUGGGAUGAUACUACUGAUAAUAGUAAUGCUAGUUGUAAUACUCAUAGCACGAAAGAAACGAGUCGGGAAAGAAAAAUGUCCAAGCAAAAAAUUAAGUCUUGACAAUAGCAAUAAAAAAGAGCUGAUAUUGAACAUAGAAAAAAGAGAAGGGAGCGACGAGAGAGAAGGAGAGAGUAAUUCACCACAACCCCAGUAUGUUGAAGUACUUCCCAAGGAUUCAGAAUCACCGACCGGGGCAGUGUCACCAUCUCCUACUCCAAAUCCUCACAGAAAAGAAGAAAAAGAUAAAAAAAGAAAGGAAGAUGAUGAAAAUGAUGACGAUGCUUAUGAAAAUGUGGAGGAUUAUCUGACGCCCGUACCUCUUCAUAGUACAAAUGAGAAAAGAGAAGAGAGUAAUGGCAUUGUAAAAGGUAAUGGUAAAAAGGAGGAAGAGGGGGAUCAGAAUAUGUAUGUGAAUGUUGGAGCUUCUAAUGGGAAAAGAAGAGGAAACGUGAAACCAGUUGCACAGAAUAUACAGAGAGCGCCAGCGGAGGAUUCUUCCUCAAGAGAUGACGAGGAGGAGUACAUGGAAAUGAUAGCAAAUCCUUCUCAUGAGACGAAUGAGAGUUUGUACCAGUAAUUUUGUUGUGCAGCUAAUUUGCAAUAAUUCCGUCAAAU